AUGGUCAUCCAAAGGCUUGAUAAUUUUGAAAAGUUUUUAAAAGAUCAGCAAAAAUCCGAGGAGGCUAUUUCAAUAUCCAAUAUAAAACGCAGUGAUUGGAAUAAAAUUCAAAUAGCAACCGGCCUUAAGCUUGAGGUCAUCGACCCAAAAUUUAAUUACGAAGUAAAGUCCAAAGCUUUUCAAUGGGAAGCUCGGCUGGACGAUCUUAAAUCAUCACAUACAGUGUUAACUGUCCUGACCGAUAUAAUAGAUGACCGGCAGUUUUUCUGCUUUGAAGAUGGAAGAAUUGUGACAUUUACCCUUUCUAGGGGUAAAGCUUUGUCGCUAAUUCACCAAAACUUAAAAUACUUUAAUCGUGAGUCAGAUGAAGAAAUGAGACAGAGCCAUUUCCAAAACGGGUGA